AUUAAUUCCAGCCGCCCAGAAAUAUACUAUAUUCAAUAUACUGUUCACAAUAAAUAAAAUUGUUUAUUAUCCUGUUAUGUGCAUGUAUAAAUAUAAAUUUAUACUCGUAACAGGAUGAUAAACAAUUUCAUAUAUCAAUGAAUUGAAUAAUUCAUCCUAGUUUGUUCCAUAGUGUAGCAGUUAGCUCGCCUCCAUUGGAAGCAGAGAGCAGAAGGUCCUGGGUUCGAUUUCCAGAGGAAACACACGCUGGAUUGUUAAUCCUCCUCUCAUUUUUCACUGUGUAGGUUCUGUCACAGUUACAAUACUCUAAAGACAAACAAAAGAUUAGUGUCUUGGCAUUUUGUUGGUGGUGAUGAAGGAGGUCAAGGUGUGAGCGCUUGAGUGUUACUUUUCCUCUCCAGGUUGUAGAAGAAGAAAGUCGAUUCAGCCGGAGCUCAGCUCAUCACUUUAUCACUGAGGGAAAAUGAAUGAUAAAGGUCUGUCAGAUGAAGAAGUUUAUGAAGCUUGUAAAGAUGGGGAUCCAAUGACCAAGGAUUUCAUAAUGCAGCAGACGAUGCUGAGGGUUAAAGAUCCGGUAAAAUCCCUGGAUUUCUAUACCAGGAUACUCGGAAUGACGCUGCUGCAAAAGUUUGACUUCCCCUCCAUGCAUUUCUCACUCUUCUUCUUGGGUUACGAGGACAAGAACGAUAUUCCUACAGAUGUGACGGAGAGGAUGGCAUGGAUGUUUUCCAGGAGGGCCACUAUUGAGCUGACACAUAACUGGGGUUCUGAGUCUGACGAGAGUCAGUCCUAUCACAAUGGAAAUUCUGAUCCACAUGGAUUUGGACACAUCGGAAUCACCGUUCCUGACGUCUUUGCUGCCUGUCGACUGUUCCAGGAGGAAGGAGUCACAUUUGUCAAGAAGCUGGAAGAUGACGACGAUAUGAAAAGUAAAGUUAAAGGCUUGGCCUUCAUCCAGGACCCUGACGGCUACUGGAUUGAGAUCCUGAGUCCAGAAAUGACCUCCUGCCACCUCCUGCAGAGUGAACCGAACAGUCCUGCUGUGGCUUCACCAGGAGCGUCACAGCAGGAGUUUAUAAUGAAUUACUAACUUGUGCUGCAGAGCUGAGGGUGAAACAUAUAGUAUAUGCAGCAAUAUUUUUUAUAUAUCUGUAACCCAAUUAAAUGGUACUGUUGACAACUGAAACAUGAAAUGUAUUUUCUCAUUUUAGCCAAGAAUGUUUUUUUUUUCUUAUGUAAUUUAGAACUAAGAUAAACAGCAAAAUGCGUUAUUUUCUAUAUUCAAAUAUUCACAUAUUGUUUGGUGACAUAUAUAGUUAAAGAAAUUUGGUAAAAUAAACAAAAUUGUGUUUUGGGAAUUUCACUAGUGCAAUUCAAAGUGAACAUAAAAAGUUACAUUUUUACUGUUAAGUUUUGGGAAUUUCACUGGCGGGUUGAAGAGUUUCUCACUAUUGUCUAUGUUUACUACUCCUCUUCUCCAGGAGGAGGCAGUGUAGAGCUAACAAAGAUUUCUGCUCACCGCAGGAUCCCACUCUCCGGCCUUUCUUUGCUUAAUAAACUCAAUUCUAACUUGUAAAAAAUGUAUUUAGGAUGAUGUUCAGCACCAGCAGGAUUACAAAACAAGACGUAUCAUCAACGAUCUGCUGCAAAAGGUAAAUAUUUUAUAGUUUCAAGCUGCAACUCUUCUUCUAAUGUCAAUAACUACAACACAUUCAUUUAUCUUUUAUCCAGGAGAGAAACAUAAGAAGGAGGAGAUGGAG